AAAGAGAAGGCAGGGCUUUUACCUGCCCACACCUGCAGACAGUUGAAGACUGAAGACUGAAGGAAGAAAAACAGGGAGUAGUUAAACUGAGACAAACGUGGAGAGUUUGCCUCACAGUCAGCCUGAGUUCACUGGACUGGACUGGACUGGACUGACCUGAUCCAGGCUGAACUGGUCCUGGUUCAAUUUGAGUUCACCUGGACCCACCUGAGACUGACUGAAGAUUUCUCAACAUUUACCUGAAGCAGGAAGUGGGAGCAGGGGAAGCAGACAUGGGCAGUAAGGAGCGUUACCAUUGGCAGGCUCAGAAUGUGAAGGUGAGCGGCGUGGACGACAUGGUGCUAUUGCCCAAGAUCAACGAGGAUGCCAUCACAGACAACCUGAAGAAGAGAUACAUGGACGACUUCAUCUUUACCUACAUCGGUCCAGUUCUGAUCUCUGUGAACCCAUUCAAACAGCUUCCAUAUUUCAGUGACCGAGAGGUGGAGCUGUAUCAGGGAGCGGCUCAGUACGAGAACCCUCCCCACAUCUACGCUCUGGCUGAUAACAUGUACAGAAACAUGAUGAUAGACAACGAGAACCAGUGCGUCAUCAUCAGCGGUGAGAGCGGAGCUGGAAAAACUGUUGCUGCCAAAUACAUCAUGAGCUAUGUGUCCAAAGUAUCAGGAGGUGGAGACAAAGUACAGCAUGUCAAAGACAUCAUCCUGCAGUCCAACCCUCUGCUCGAGGCCUUCGGUAAUGCCAAGACCGUUCGCAACAACAACUCCAGCAGAUUUGGUAAAUACUUUGAGAUCCAGUUCAGUCGAGGAGGAGCUCCCGAUGGAGGAAAAAUCUCCAACUUUCUACUGGAGAAAAGUCGAGUUGUUUCACAGAAUCCUGGGGAGAGAAGCUUCCACAUCUACUACCAGCUGCUGGUCGGAGGCAGCAGAGAGCAGAGGGAGAACCUCGGGAUUACGACUGCCGACUACUACUAUUACCUCAACCAAUCAGGAACCUACACUGUGGAUGACAUCAACGACAAGAGGGAGUUCUCUGAUACUAUGGCGGCGAUGUCAGUAGUGGGUCUGACUGUGGAGGACCAGGACUCAGUUCUUCAGCUUGUUGCAGGAAUCCUUCAUCUGGGAAAUAUCAGCUUCAGAGAGGAAAACAACUACGCUGUGGUCGAAAGCCAGGACUUUCUGGCGUUCCCGUCCUACCUGUUGGGGAUCCCUCAGAACAGUCUCUGCAGUAAACUGACCAGCAGGAUUAUGGACAGUAAGUGGGGCGGCAAGACCGAGUCCAUCUCAGUCACCCUGAACACUGAGCAGGCCUGUUUCUCCAGAGACGCCCUGUCCAAAGCUCUGUACACCCGACUCUUCGACUUCCUGGUCGACUGUAUUAACAAAGCCAUCCAGAAGGACCAGGAGGAACUCAACAUCGGAGUGCUCGACAUUUACGGCUUCGAGAUCUUUCAGCAAAACGGCUUCGAGCAGUUCUGUAUUAACUUUGUCAACGAGAAGCUGCAGCAGAUUUUUAUUGAACUCACACUUAAGGCAGAACAGGAGGAAUAUGUUCAGGAGGGGAUCAAAUGGACCCCCAUUGAUUAUUUCAACAAUAAAGUUGUCUGUGACCUGAUCGAGUCCAAGGUGAAUCCUCCUGGGAUCAUGAGUGUCCUGGAUGACGUAUGUGCUACGAUGCAUGCUAAAGGAGAGGGAGCAGAUCAGACUCUGCUACAGAAACUCCAGGGACAGAUCGGGUCACACGAGCACUUCAGCAGCUGGAACAGAGGGUUUAUCAUCCACCAUUACGCUGGAAAGGUCUCAUAUGACGUCAGCGGUUUCUGUGAGAGGAACAGAGACGUGUUGUUCUGUGACAUCAUUGAGCUGAUGCAGAGCAGCGAGUUUCCAUUCAUCAGAGCUCUGUUCCCUGAGAACCUGGAGGCUGAGAAGAGAGGGCGUCCGACCACCGCAAGCAGCAAGAUCAAAAAGCAAGCUAACAGUCUGGUCCAGACCCUGAUGAAGUGCACCCCUCACUACAUACGCUGCAUCAAACCCAAUGAGACCAAACGUUCCCGGGACUGGGAGGAGAACCGGGUCAGACAUCAGGUGGAAUACCUGGGCCUGCGAGAGAACAUCAGAGUCCGUCGAGCCGGAUAUGCUUACCGCAGAGUCUUCAGCAAGUUCCUACAGAGGUACGCCAUCCUGACCAAGGAGACCUGGCCUCAGUGGAGGGGCGAGGAGCGCAAGGGAGUCCUGCACCUCCUCAACUCCGUCAACAUGGACCAAGACCAGUUCCAGCUGGGCAAGACCAAAGUGUUCAUCAAAGCUCCAGAGUCGCUCUUCCUGUUGGAGGAGAUGAGGGAGAGAAAGUAUAAUGGGUACGCUCGGGUCAUCCAAAAGGCAUGGCGUAAGCACAUCGCUGUCCGCAAGUACGUCAAGAUGAGGGAGGAGGGUAAGUUUAUCUUCAUCACUAUGAUCAGUUUGUUUGCACAGAUUGUACAAAACAGCAUCAACAGGAACUUUGUGGGCGACUACAUUGGGACAGACAACCAUCCUGAGGUCAGACAGUUCGUCGGCCGCAGAGAAAGGAUCGACUUUGCAGAUGUUGUGGUCAAAUAUGACAGAAGAUUCAAGACUGUGAAACGUGACCUCAUCCUGACCCCAAAGUUCCUGUACUUGAUUGGUCGAGAGAAGGUGAAGCAGGGUCCAGAUAAGGGCCAGAUCCAGGAGGUUCUCAAAAGGAAGAUCGAGCUCAACAAGAUCCAAUCUGUUUCCCUGAGCACCCUGCAGGAUGACUUCUUCAUUAUCCAUGAGGUGGAGUAUGACAGUGUUCUUCAGAGCGUCUUUAAAACUGAGUUCCUGAGUCUUCUGGUGAAACGUUAUCAGGACAAAACUCAGAAGAAAUUGCCACUCAAAUUCAACAACCUUUUGGAGUUUAAGGUGAAGAAGGGUGGGUGGGGUCCAUUCAGCUCUGCAGGGUCCAGACAGAUCCAGUUCCAGGUGGGUCAGGGUGAUGAAGCUGUCUUGAAGCCCAGUGGGAAGGUGCUACAGGUCUCAAUUGGACCGGGUCUACCUAAAAACUCACGACCAACAAGGAGGGACAACCGCAAGAGUCGCUACAUGGGGAGCAAGGCCCCGCACACCAGCCAGUACAACUCAGCACCUCUCUCCAAAGGGGGCAGAGCGCCCAGAGGAAGCUCCUCCUCCUCCAGAGGCUCCCUACUCAGGCAACAUUCCAGCAUGGAGCAGCCCAGUCUGCCUCGCAUCCAGAGCCCUCGUUACCCCGACAGUCGACUCCCGCAGCAAUAUGACAUGGGCUUCAUGGACGUCCCUGAAGAGGGUGCCGCAGGGCUGCACCGGCGGCGAUCGAAGGAGGUGAGGCCUCCUCCUGGAGCAGGUCGACCCAAACCGGCACCCAGACCGAAACCUCGGUCUCCUCAAUGCAGAGCUCUGUACGCCUACGAUGCCCAGGACACAGACGAGCUCAGCUUUAACGCUGAAGAUGUCAUUGAAAUACUCACUGAAGAUCCGUCUGGUUGGUGGUUCGGACGAUUGCGGGGCAAAGAGGGGAUGUUUCCUGGAAACUAUGUGGAGAAGAUCUAGACCUUCUCUCCGGAGGUUGGAGGCCACCGACCUGCUGCAGCAGCUGAGGUUGGAGGUCACGGAGCUUUCCAUAUGUCUGCUGGCAGGAACUAGCUGAUUACUGAAUAGAAUGACUUCAUUCACAAACAGAAACAUGUUUCAGUCAGAUUGACAGUGAAUGCAUUGUCCCGGACUUCCCGUAAUGCUGUGAGCAGUCGGGUCAAAUGUCCCCAUGUGACUUCAGUUUCUGAUCAUCUCUGAUGUUUUUAAAGCCACAGUUUGAUAAAAGUUUACAUCAGCAUUAACAUGGAAACCCAAAUCACUGAGUUGUGCCAGCUCCCCCUGCAGGCUACAGUGUUCAUUACAGCCACAAUGUCCAGAUUUAAUACUGACACUAAGAAGAAAAAAAAAUCAGCAACUCUCAGCUGGUGUGAUGAAUGGUGUUAAACUGUCUGCAGAGAUGAUCAGAACCUAAACGUUACACUUUCAAACAUAAAAUAAGCUUUUUUUUUAAAUACGAAAUAAAGUGACUGAAUGCCACUGUGGAAAACAAAGAAUUAAGCCAUUUGAAAAAUAAAGUAAAAAUAAAAUUAGAAUUAAAUAUAUAAAUGAUGAAGCAACUUUUAAAUUGGCCUGUUUUCUGCUUUUUCACACAAACACUGCUCAGAUAUGAUGUCCAAGAUUUCUGUUUGAGUUUAACAACCUGAACAUGAGUGUUUUGGCUCAGAAAAUGUCAAGCUGAGCCCAGAACAGCCAUUAAAGUAAAAUAUCUCUCUCUCUCU